CUGCAGAACUGGUAUCUUCAUAUCAACUUCAGGUUCAUCUGUAACACAAGGAGCAGUGCAGGUACGUUAGGGCUUUUACAAUGGCCUCUAAUAGGCAACUGAAGGAGUAGUGAGGAAGAAAUGACUGUGGCUAGGAGCAGUGGGAAUCAACAGGUGUGAGUGUUGUGUACUUUCUUGCACACACUGUAUGCUCUAUCUGUAAUAACAGAUAGCCACAGCCCUCGACAUGGGCUCUCCUGCCUUUGAACAUAUGAAGAUGCUGAGUUACUUGCUGUCACUGUUGACUCUGGCAUGCCCUUCUGCUGCUGCUUAUUUGGAUGAGCCUAGCCUGGGUAGUAGUUUGUUGCCUCACUAUGAACAUGAUGCUGUUGGCUCUUCACAAAAUAAGAGGCUGCAGGUUUUCACAGUGGACUACAACAAUGUGCAGAUUCCAUAUGAAGUCACUCUUUGGAUACUCCUUGCCUCUCUUGCAAAAAUAGGUUUCCAUCUCUAUCACCGAUUACCAAGACUCAUGCCUGAAAGCUGCAUCCUGAUUGCCAUUGGAGCACUAGUUGGAGCGAUCAUCUUUGGUACUGACCACAAAUCCCCACCGGUGAUGAACACAAGUAUUUAUUUUUUGUACCUCCUUCCACCCAUUGUGCUGGAAGAGGGUUAUUUCAUGCCAACUCGUCCAUUCUUUGAAAACCUUGGGUCCAUCUUGUGGUGGUCUGUGCUAGGAUCUCUGCUGAACUCAUUUGGGAUUGGCCUCUCUCUCUAUGGCAUCUGCCAGAUUGAAGUCUUUGGUCUGACUGACCUGAACCUGCUGCAGAACCUGCUCUUUGGCAGCAUGAUCUCAGCUGUGGAUCCUGUGGCAGCUCUGGCAGUUUUUGAAGAAGCUUCUGUUAAUGAGCAGCUUCACAUGAUGAUUUUUGGAGAAUCAUUGCUAAAUGAUGGCAUAACUGUGGUGUUAUACAACAUCUUCAUCGCCUUCACCCAGAUGCACAAGUACGAAGAGAUAGAAUCCAUUGAUAUCCUCGCUGGCUUUGCUCGCUUCUUCGUUGUGGGACUGGGUGGCAUGCUGUUCGGCAUUGUCUUCGGGUUUGUUUCAGCCCUCAUGACUCGAUUCACCCACAAUGUCUCCGCUAUCGAACCACUGCUGGUCUUCAUGUUCAGCUACCUGUCAUACUUGUGUGCUGAAAUCCUUUACAUCUCAGGCAUCUUGGCAAUGACAGCAUGUGCAGUGACUAUGAAAAAAUAUGUGGAGGAGAAUGUUUCCCAGAAUUCCUACACGACAAUAAAAUACUUCAUGAAGAUGUUGAGCAGCGUCAGCGAGACCCUGAUCUUUGUUUUCAUGGGAGUGUCUACAGUGGGGAAAAAUCAUGAGUGGAACUGGGCUUUUAUUUGCUUCACUCUGCUUUUCUGCCUCAUUUGGCGGACACUGAGUGUAUUUGCCCUCUUCUACAUUAGUAACAAGUUCCGAACGUACCCCUUCACCUUCAAAGACCAACUCAUUAUUUCCUACAGUGGUCUUCGAGGAGCCAGCAGCUUUUCUCUUGCAUUCUUGCUUCCAGUGAAACUCUUCCCAAGAAAAAAAUUGUUCAUUACUGCUACACUUGUAGUUAUAUAUUUCACUGUGUUCAUCCAGGGAAUCACAAUUGGACCAUUGGUCAGAUAUCUGGAUGUUAAAAAGACCAACAAAAAGGAGUCUAUCAAUGAAGAAAUUCACAUGCGAUUGAUGGAUCACUUGAAGGCUGGUAUUGAAGAUAUAUGUGGACAUUGGAGUCAUUACCAGCUGAGAGAUAAAUUUAAGAAGUUUGACAAUAAGUAUUUGAAGAAAAUCUUAAUUCGGGAACAUCAACCCAAAUCCAGCAUUGUGUCGUUGUAUAAAAAGAUGGAAAUAAAACUGGCCAUUGAGAUGGCUGAGAAUGCCAUGAAAAUUUCAGAAUCAUCCACAGCUUCUUUACAGCACUGUAGAAACCGGUGUGAUAACAAGCUCUCCCCUGCAGAGGUGGAGUCCAUGAGGGAUGUCCUGGCCCAUAACCUGUACCAAGUGCGACAAAGGGCACCGUCAUACAACCGCCACAACCUGCCUUCCAACACCAGCGAGAAACAGGCCCAGGAAAUCCUCAUCCGUCGGCAGCACAGCCUGAGGCAGAGUUGCAGGAAGGGGAAUAGCUUACCUUGGGGGAGACCGGUUAAUGCCACAAGCAUGCGCUACCUCUCCUUGCCUCAGGGCCACAGUGGCCAGCCCACUAGGCGGAAAGCCAGGCAUGUUACUUUUACAGCACUGCAAGCUGGUAGAAGUAGGUCUGACACACCCAAAGUAAUCAAAGCAUAA